AUGAUGAAUGUUUUCGUUUGUCUCUCGUUCAUUCUGGUUAUAAGCAUAUUCCUCCAGAGCAACCCGGCCAAAUGCAACGAAUUAAAUAUAAGUGAAAAGGGGAAGAUGUUGUACGAUUAUUUCUUUACCCCUAAGGUAAGGGGCCCAAAGGAUGGGGGUACGGACCAGGAUGUCCACACAGGGGAUAAGCACCUGUCGUACACAACAUCGGAAGCACAAAUUAGGCACCACGAACAAGUGCACAUAGGAGGAAUGAAAAAUAAUGACCACAAAAAGGAACUGAAAGAGCAUAUGGAUCAGCUAAAAAUGCUACAUAAGAGUUUAAAAGACAAGGACAAAAAUGCACACGAUCCUGAGUUGAAAGUAAGUGGAGGCGAAAGUGUGCACAAUACUGAUGGCACACUGGGGGAUACCCAUGCUAAUGGAGAGGAAACGAGUGAUGACAGCCUGGCGAAAUAUGUGCAAGAAGAAAUAAGGAAAAACGAGAAAUUAAAUAAUGAAAAAAAGAGCUAUGACGAAAUUAACAUACUCGAGGAUAAUUCGAAGAAAUUACAAAAUGAUAUUCAUACCUGGCUUCAGUCAGUAAAAAACAUAUCGGAAAAGACAAACAAAUUGAAGGACAUUAAGACGCAGCUUCUGAACAACAUCGCCUCAUUAAAUGAGACACUUACGGAAGAAAUUGAAAACAUAAAAGAAAUAAAAAAGUUACAAAUGGAGCAAAAUCAAAUAUUUUCGGAAAAUUGGCUCUACUUUUUGCCUUCCACAUUUGACAACCUUGCUAGCCACGGGCAAGACGGCAAUUUUCAAGUACUGAACUAUUUGGAGAAGUUUAACAGGAGGGAUGGUCUUCACGUGAGUGGUGAGAAGGCGAAUCUGGAACAACCAAGCGGAACACUUGCAAAUGAGGGAAACGUUCGUAAGCAGAAUGCGCACACCGACGGAGGGGUGAAGUCGUCCGACUUUCACAGCUUCUGCAACGUGAUCGUUCUACUGGCAGUGGUUACCUUUCUGCUCAGCUAG